GGAGGCAGGGCGGCGGGCAGCUCCUCCUUGCACACACACCCCGAGCCACCGCGGAGGCGCCUCAGCCACGGGAACGCGGGACACGCCGGCAUCGCGCCUCGGUGCUGCCGAAGCGCCCCCAGCCUCCGACACCUAACGCGACCCCCAACACAGUGGGAGCUGACGGAGGCCCGGCGUCUUGCGCACCGCCAGCCGAGUAAAUCCAGAAACCAAGAAGUAUUUGGCCACACAGUCUUGGUCAGGAAAUCAGAGGCAUCAGAACAGGUGGCUAAAGAAGAUGUUAAUGUUUGACCCAGUCCCUAUCAAGCAAGAAGCCAUGGACCCUGUUUCAGUGUCAUACCCGUCCAAUUACAUGGACCAGAUGAAGCCAAACAAGUACAGUGUCAUUUAUUCUACACCGAGCAUGUUGCACAACAAAUUAUACUCAAACCCUGAAGGACUAUCGAAUGGAAUCCAGAUGGAGCCAGUUGACCUUACAGUGAACAAACGCAGCUCACCAUCUUCAACUGGAAGUUCUCCUUCACCCCUAAAAUUCCAGACUGUGCAUAGGAGAACUUCACCUGGACUGACUCUCUCUUCACCCAGCUCACCUCUCAGCAAAUUCACACCCUCCCCACCAGGAGUACAGCCUAUUUCCAUGCCAAUAACAAUCCCACCUGUAAUGGCUGCUGCUCUUUCACGCCAUGGACUGAGAAGCCCUGGAAUCCUCCCAGUUAUACAGCCUGUUGUGGUCCAGCCAGUUCCUUUUAUGUAUGCUCCUCAUCUUCAGCAGCCCAUCAUGGUGUCCACAGUCCUUGCAGAUGAGAUGGAGACACCAAGUAGCGUGCCAGUGCCUGUCAUCGAGUCUUAUGAGAAGCCUACACUGAAGAAAACAAUCAAAGUAGAGCCAGGAAGUGAACCAUUGAAGACUGACUUCUAUCCCGAACAACUGUCACCUCCAAUGAUGACCUCAUUGUCUCCCCAGCAAGUAAUGGUGCAAGAGAAUCACCCCUCAGUUAUAGUCCAGCCAGGAAAGAGACCUUUACCUGUGGAAUCUCCAGAUACACAAAGAAAACGCAGGAUACAUCGAUGUGACUAUGAAGGCUGCAACAAAGUCUACACUAAGAGUUCCCAUCUGAAAGCCCACAGAAGAACCCACACAGGUGAGAAACCCUACAAAUGCACUUGGGAGGGCUGCACAUGGAAGUUUGCUCGUUCCGAUGAACUGACGCGGCAUUUCCGCAAGCACACAGGGAUCAAACCCUUCCAGUGCCCAGACUGUGACCGCAGCUUUUCACGUUCCGACCACCUUGCUCUGCACAGAAAGCGCCACAUGCUCGUCUGAAUGUCCUUCUCUCCCUGCCUCCUGUCACACUUCGGUCGUUGUUUUGGGUUUUUUUUUUACACACACAUUUUCAUUUGGAUUCAGCUGGUCUGAAUCUCUGAGUUUAUACCAUUAAAAGCUUACAUAUGGUCAGUAACAUAUUAUCUAACCCUUCUAUGUCCUUGCCACGGGUCAGACCUAAAGAAUGUGAACACUUUUAUUAUUUUUUGGGUUUGUUUUGUUUUGUUUCCUCUGGGGGGUGCUAAGCAAACCCCUUUCUGCAGACAGUAUCUUUAAUGUAUUCCAUUGUGAAUAAGGGAAUUUGUAAACUAACAGCUUUUGUUGGUUUCUUCAUAUAAUCAACCCAACAUAUAUUGAUAAAGUAGUAAAUGUUACUGGAUAUCCAAAAUGCUAGUCCUUGCCAGAGACUUUUAUUUAUGUGCCCUCUGAGGGGUACACUCUCCUUUUAUGCUCAACAAUGCAAUGAAUGGACUUUCCUGACCGUGUUGAUUUCUGCAAUAUGGUUAAUAUGACAGUUUUAGAAAGGCACCUGGUUUGGAAAUCCCCUCUGCCCAAACAGGGAAUAACACUGUAGAAAUAAAUCGAAGCAAUACAAUGACUUUACAGAAA